AUGUAUUAUGGAGGAAAUUUAUGGCCCGAUCGCCGCCGCGGCUCCCUCCACUGCGGCGGCGGCGGCGGCGGGGACCCGGCCGUGCUAUUGACCACUUUUACACCUACGUGGUACCGGCCGCCCGUCUACUCCCGCGUAUAUAAAUACCCGGGUGCGCGCAGACACCGACCGAAUCACCGGACACACGCGGAUUUUUCGCCAUCCCGACGAGACGACACCCGGAGUGCAUACCUAACAAUAAUUCUAAAUAGAAAAAAAAAAAUAAACGAUCGACGACGAACCACCUCGCGACAUCAUCACAGACACGUCUGCGAAAAUACGACGCGUCGUUACCGAACACACACACACACACACACCUACGGAACCGUGGACGUUUUCCUGCACACCGCACCGGGAAAGCCGUUGUUCUUCGACCGACCGUCGCCCUAACAGCAACCCCCCACCGAAGUUUCCGACCAAGACCCGAACCAACUCGAGUAAGUACACUUUACGCCUAUAUUACGAUAAUAAUUUGCACAGUUUAUAACCCGCCCCGCACGAGGAUUUACCCUAAUGGUUUCAAUCGUAAACAAACGGGCACGUUUAAAUUGGUUUUUUUUUUCUGUUUCAAACGUUAUUUUUUCGUUUUUUUUUUAUGCCGAUAGUUAUAAAAAGAAUAUUUUAUCGUGAUUAAAACUAAAUAAAAAUUGAAUAAUAAUAAAAAAAAAAAAAAAUGUUCCUUCUUUAUCCAAAAGUAAUAGGAACUGUUUAAUUUUCGUUUUAUAUUUUAAGAACGAAUAGAGGAACUGUUUCUUCACAUUUCAGAAUAUUUCGGUUAUUUUAAUUACAUUUUCGAACACUUUGCAACCAUAUAUGUCAUCACUGAAAAAAAUAGUGAUCAAAUUGAAGAAAAUAUUACGCUCAAAUGAAGUAAAACAUACAGUUUCGGCGUGAAUGUUUUGACACGACGUGAUUUGUACGAUGGGUUUUUAGCCAAAAUAAAUUCGUGUUAUGUCAAAAGUUACGGUCUCACGCGGGAAAACUUAUAGAACAUUAUAUGAUUAAUAUAAAUUCCUUUUCCCGCCAUUCUAUAUUUUGAUACGUGUGGCUAUUUUUUCGGGGGGCGCGAGAUUUUCAACAACAAUCAUAAUAGUUCGUAAUUAUUGGAAUAAUUUGUAGAAAAAAAAAAAAAAAAAAAAAAAAAAAAAACAAAACAAAACAAAGUAGUCCGUGACUUCACGUUAUUAUUAUAUUUCAAUCGUCGUCUUUGAUUUUCGAAAUAUCUUGCAAAAAUAUUGAAUAGAUCGGUGCGGCGGCAGCGUCCGAGCUGUUCGACAAUCGUCUACGAGUGAUGCUGUCACCGCCAGAAUUUGUGUGUACAUACUUACCUACACGAAAUAUAGUUGCGGAAUUAAUCUGAUAGGUUAAGAGGGCAGGACUCGACGCAAGCCCGAAGCCGAUUAAAAAACCGUUUGUAUAUCAAACCGCCGUAGCGGAAAAAACCGUUUAUUAAACGUGUAUACAAUAAAAAUUGAAAUUUUUGAAAAACGCAACAUACGUAUAGUGUUGAUAUCGUUUUGCACGUACCUAUAGUAGUUAUUAUAAUAAAUAGGUAUAGUAAUAAUACAAAAUUUUAAUCUUUUUUUUUUUAUAAAGAAAAAUUUGGUAUAUUUCACAGCGGUUGGUGGUCAAAUUUCACCUGGAAGUUUAGUGUUUACGGUAAAACAUUGUAACGAUAUUGGUCGUGAGCAAAUUGAAUUAAAAAUCGCCCGAAUCCCGCGGGAAACCGGCAAUAACGAGACGCGUGCGACGAUUCCCGACGAGAUUUCGUUCGAAAACCAAUAUAAAAUAUCGGAUUUAUCGUUUAUUUUACACUUCAUCAAACCGGUACAAAAAUAUAUAGAGACCGCCGUCUUCGCCACGCGGUUAGGUUGUAUUAGGUUUUAUAGGUUUCGUUAGUCUAUAUACAGUUUCACGAUAUUCCGAGAGGAUUUCGAUCGAUUUUUAUAUCGUGUAAUUAUUAUUAUUAUUAUUAUCAUAUUACAACACGUAAAAGAUACAUUUUGAAAUGUAUUCCGAAUAGAAAUACAGAUAUUAUUUGUCAAAGUAUUUACCAGAAUACGUAUUUGAGUGUAUACUUUGUUAAAAAUAUAAAUUACAAUAAAAUAUUUGCCAACGAAUAUACAUUAUGUACGUAAUUUUGAAUAAAAUAUUUUUACAUAUUUUCAAAUGCUUACGUUAUUGUUUGCAUAAUUUUGUUCCGAAGGAUCGUCGAUAUUCGAUGUUUUAAUUAUUUUUUUUUACAUUUCGUACAAUUAUCCAUGCGCCGUAAUUCGAUUUCAAAUACAAUUAUUUUUGAUAAAUAUUAAAAACACAAAACACUAUACGCCGAGCUCAAUAAUUUCGGUUCAAGUGUUUUUUUAAUAAUUUAUUCGAAAAUGUACUAAACAAGACGUGUUCGAUUACGUUUAUUUAAAUACUUUUACUCGGACACUGUAGACGAGUCUGGUUGUAUAUUUUACCGUUGUAUAGCACGUCGGCGAAAACACGUAACUUUCGAUAAAGAAUUAUUACUUUUUUUUUUUUUUUUCAAGACCCUGCCGAAUUCGUCAAUAAUAAAUAAUCGCAUUCAUGCUUUUGACGCCUAACGAUCGUAUACAUACUAUUAUACUUCAACACAAUAUCAACAGAAUAGUGUUGUGCGCGGCACUUGACAAUACUGCACGAGUAUCACAAUAAAUUAUAAUGGCCAACAAAGGUUUAUAAAAAGCGAGUACUUUAAUGAUUGAGGUUUACAGAAAAAAAAAAUUCCGGAACGCCCGCGGCCAUUUCAAAUCGCGUUAAUAGGUUGACCGGCGCGUUGUUUGGAAAACACGAUAUUUCGAUAAAUAUCGUUUUCGAGAUUAUUAUUUAAUCGGAUGGAAAAAAAAAAAGAAAGAAACAUUAACAAUUCGAAAACCGAACGAAAUUCGCGAACAGCUUUCGAUCGGGCGGCGUCGCCAUUAUCAACAGAUCAAUAAUUUAACAUUACGUAACUAAAAAAAAAAAAAAAAAAUUAAAUAAUAAUAAUUUGAUUAAUUAAAAAUAUUUUUUUCCCGCACGAGCCGAGGGCCGGGCUCGAGGCGUACACCCGAACAAUUUAAAUUUAAUGGCGCGGUUUUAUUAUGCGAAUCGCAUUAUUGCAGUCGUUGCGCGCGGUUUCCUAACGCCGUUCGCGAUAUUCGAACGACAAUAAUAGUAAUAUUAUAAUCUCGUCUCGAUACACAAUAUUAUUAUCAUUAUCAUUUUAUUCGCGGUGUAUAGUCGGGUCGAUCGGUCGGUUGUCAAUCGUCCGAUUUCCGAACGGGUCGUACAUACGCACGUCAAUAAGUCAUUCUCGCGCGUUCUGUUCGCUACAUAAUAUUAUGUAAAAAAAAAAAAAAAAAAUACGCGUUUCGCCAUCGUCUUUAUACCAUAAUAAUAUAGUGACGACUUAAUUUCGCGAGUCAACAACAAUCGUGAAUAUUAUCACCUACCGUCGGCCAAUAGAUAAAACACAACGUUCUCCGACGAGUCGAACCCCCCCUCCUCCUCAACCCCCGACCGGUUAAGCAUGUAGCGUACUGUUAUAGGUCAAGACGAAUAUACUCCCGUUUCCGUUUUUCAAUAAAUUCGAUAUUAUCUAUUUAAAUUUAAUAUUAUCGCGAGACUCGGGGACGGCGAAAAGGUACAGUCCAGACUGAACAAUUGUCCGGGGCGCCACGUCAAUGUAAAGCCUAUUUUUCUAUGAAAUUCGGUAAACUCAUCGCCUAGACAGAAUUUUUCAGCCUUGGCCUCACAGAAAUCCCUUCACUAUGCCACUGCACCGCGAGGCGACAGGCCCCGAUUGAAUAUCGGUUUCGGUUUUGGCCGCAAUUUUAGUCGCAUCAUUAGUUUUAGUUGGCGAAAAUCGUAUUUAUAAAUUUCAAUUUACACAAUCGCCAACGCUUCAUCUCAAAUUGUAUACACCUGCAGCAAUUAUUUCUUCGCCAUUCGUCUGAAAAAGGCGGAAAACUCGUUUGUCAUCAUUAAGGAAGAACCUUAUUUUGAAGGCCAUCGAACGCUGUGAUUUAAUCAGUAAUUUUAUACACAAACGCGCAUCGCAAAGAUCUUUAGACGUGUUUUAUUUUCGACCUACCGAUUUGUCUGGUAAAGCGACAUGUAUUAUGAACUCAUUCUGGCCCACUGCAUUAGAUUGGUUCAUUUUAGAACACGCCAUAAAUGCGUGCCUUUAACGAAUUUUCAAAAUCGCGCCCCUCACCCCCGGUCGUCUUAUCUUGGAUACGCCGCUUCGACAGAGACGAUCUUUGCACUUUUUUUUUCCGUCGAAUAAUUUAAAAAUAUUUCGCGCAAUAUAUCAACGAAAAUCGAUUCCGGUUCAAAUUUAAGAACCUUCGAAUUUGUAUGAAUCCCUUACGUUUACGACCGUCACAUUGUCGACGACGACACGUCCGUCGGAAAACAUUUUUCACACUCGAAGUCUUUAUAUUAUCGUCAUCUAAGCGGGUACGUCGCUGUACAGAAAAAAAAAAUAUAUAUUACUAUUGCUUAUGCUAAUAUACGAAUACAAUCUCAUAUUAUCAUAAUAUCGUUCACUCGUUUUUAUCACAUCGUUUCGUUUUAUUCUCGAACCCUCCGACUCCCCCCAAAAAUAUAAUAUAUUAUAGGCACCUAUACCUACCGAUAAUAUUUAUUUAUUUACAUAUUCCGGUAUACCGGCGACAAAGAUUACCAUAAUAUUAUGAUGAUUAUUAUUAUUAUUAUUAUUAUUAUUAUUAUUAUCAUCACCGCGGUUAUUGAUAACCCGAAAUAAAUAUAAUAGAUUUAUGUAAAACAGCUGAUACAGACAGACAGGUAUACAUUGCGCCUGCCGGAGAAUGUUCGAAACUAUCGAUUUAAUCUAAUCGAUUACCGGAAUUAUAUUUCUGGUCAUAUAUUACAGUGUUAUAAUAGAAUAGGCUCGGGAUGAUACGUAAUAAUAUAAUAUUUAUUAAUAUUUUAACGCAUAAUAACCGAGAGAAUUAUCAUUAUUAUCGACGAGCAUGUGUGUAUAUAGAUAGCCGAAUCGGACGAUAAAUCAGCGCUGUAAAAAAAAAUGUCCCACACGUGCGGAUAUAUCCGAUAUAACGGUUUUUUUAAAUGCACAUUUUACGCGACUGUAAACACGCAAUAAUGCGAAUUCGACGUACGUACCAGUCGAACAAUUGUUAUUGAAUUUACGGGGCGGGGGAAGGGGGGAAUCGUAUAUUUGCCCGUUUCCCGUAUCGCGUAUUAUUGUUAUCGACGUCUAUCGGCCGACAGAUAUUAUUUUACGCGAAUAAACAAUAAUCGUUCACGAACGCAUUGCCCGCCGUGUAAAAUUCAAAUACGAACCGACGGGGGCUCUAGCGAGACAACUCCGUUUUUCGAAAUCUUUCGGGAGAACAAUAGUGACGCGGCUGUCAAAUCAUAAAACACCGGUGCUUAAGUGACAAUACACAAAUUUUACAGUAGAGCCGUUUUAGUGUUUUGUCUACUACGCGCAGGUCGCUGAUGGUUUAUUGAAAUUACAACGAUUAAUGCCAGAAAGAAUUUAAAUAUUUCGACCAAAAGUGUGAUAUCGAAAAAUCUGCGCAAAUCAAUUUCGGUCAGAAAAAUAAUGUCGAAACAUGAAAAUUGAUGGGGGUGCACUCUAAAUUUUCGUAUACUAUAUAGUAGCCGACUAUUGAAGCUAUAACAGUAAUAUCGUUAUUCCGAAACGCAUUUCGGUAAAAUCAAUUCUACAUUAAGCGAAAUUAGCAAAAAAUAAAAAAAAACAGCCCAUUCAACAUUUCACAGCUCUGAUAAUUACUUAAAGGAUAUAUAAUAUAUAAAUACAAUUUUUUUUUUUUUUUUAAGUAACCCAUUUUGAUAUAUUAUUAUUACGCGUAGGUUGGUUUAUAGGUGUAUUAAUCCCUCGAAUUUUUCACGAUAAUUAAUUUGCCAGCGUUUUUUAUUUUUUUUUUUUUACUAUCAUUUCUUCAUUUGCCGGAGAGUGCAUUAUAUAUAGGUACACUCAUCCGUCCAAAAUGUUUAAGUAUAUUAAAAAAAAAAAACUCAUUAAAUACGUUUCUUCGCGUCACCGUGGCCACUAUAUUAUCUUUUGAUCAACCAUCAUUGCGUUUUUGAUUGAUUACACCGGUAAUGGUUAUUUUUAUACAUCGUUAUUUUUUUCAAAUUAAGAUUUCUCUCGCUAGAAACUUUAAAUAUACUCGAACGAUUAUUAUUUUAUUUUAUUCUUUGUUGAUUUUCUGUCCCGCUUCGUUGUUUCGCGAAUAUUUUCCAAUAUAUAAUUGUAAUACAUAAUAAUAAUAGCUUUAUUGUCCAUGGCAACCAAAUUGUCAUCCAUGUGUCCAAGGUAACCCAUGAAUAAACCCAUGAAAUAUUUCCAUUACCGAUAAACCGGUAUCUUAUAGGCUGUAUGAUAGCGAUAUGCUGUUAUUAUCAAUAUUGUUAACAAUUUCUAAAAAAACUACGAAAACCAUAAUUCAAAAUCUUUAAUUAUAUGUACAUGAAAGAAAAAAUAAAAAAAGAAACAAUUUAACAAACGAAUCAACAAUUAAUUUUGUUGCCAGUUCUAAGACUGUGUAAAAUUAAGAAGGGAAAUUUUGACUAUUACACUAUAUAGGUACACUAUUUAAACAAACCUUCAAAACAUAUUUAAUAAAUGCAAUACAGUUUAAGUUUGAGGCGUAAUCACGUUGCGUUUUUUUGCAGAUAAAGAGCUAAAACGGGCACAAUUGUAUUACACACAAGGAGGGGUUGGAACAUCAGUUGUUUCACCAUUUUUCUUGAUUCUUGAUUUUUUUUCAGAAUAUGGUCAUACUAAAUAUACCUUGGUAUUAUAAUACUAUAUGAACUAGGUAUAUUGAAUUAAGGCGAUUAAUGUCUACGUCAUGUUUUUCUUAUCAGCCUGUUAUCAGGAUUUUUAAUAUAUACGAUAUUUUACUAUAUACGAUAAUAUUAUUAUCGUAUAUAGUUGACGUGAGUAUAUAUCGGUAAAUCGCGUCGUUUGCACGCAACGAGCACGAUUUUCAAUAAAAUGCUGCAAAAAAACAGCGAAUUACCGCAGUAGUGAUAUAAUAAUUAUUAUUUUCGUUAUACUAAAAAAAGGCGACGAUUUUUUUUCUCCCGCGGUCUUACCGCGGAUAAUAAUCAAAGAAGUGAAUAAAUUCGGUGGAUAGCGUAAUUUUGAAAUUUAGGCCCGGGAGCGAAAUCUUACAUAUCUUAUCAUUAAUGCAUAUAUGCAAGGAAUAAAAAUUCAUAACAGAAAAAGUAUCGAAAACCAACAUAAUUCAUUAAGGGUCGAGGGCUGCAGAUUUAUUUUUCUUUGCACAAAUGGCACGCGCGUAUAUCGCGCGAAAAAUGUUUCGGACCUUUCGAUUCAUGAGAGGGGGGAGCUGUUGAUUUAUACACGAGAUACGAUUGCCGAAAAAUGGAAAAAGUUUUACGAGAAAAUAUACUCUCAAACCCUGGCAAUAAAUCGUAAAUAAAUACAUAAAUCGUAUGUAUAGCCGCACAGCGGUAUAUACUUACGAACAAGUUUUACGACUUAAAAAUGUAUAUUAUUAUUCAAACAGGAGAAUAUGAUAUUUUUAACAACAUUGUGUUUUUUUCUGGGGGGGGGUUAUCGUGCUUUUGAGAAUUUCCAAGGAAAAUAGGGUCUCGACCGGUGUUGAGGGAUUAUAUUUCGAUAACAUUGUCCAAGAGAUAAUCUAUAAUUUAGAUAACGGGCAUACACAUAUGUUUUCAUAUUAAAAAAAAAUAGUAUCAGAUUCACACCGGUAUGUUGGGUAUUGUUAAAUAGUAAAAAAGUACUGGAUUACUAAUUAAGUUGGUCGGAGCGCGUCAAUUUUUCAUACAUUUUAGGCCGAUAAGUGGUGGGACAUAUUUCCCUAUAUCCAAUUCACAUUUUUAAAUGUAUUUAUGAAUUCGUUGAAAAAUUGUCUAGGUUAUUUAUUUGGUAAGUAAACAUUCGUUUUUCAGUUUUGAAGACCACCAAUUUUAUUUUAAAAAAUUUUAUUUUGUUUUUGUUUAAAUUUGUAUUUAUUUUGGAUUCACACAAAUUUUAAAUACAACAUUGACUUCUUAAAAAACCUAAACAAAUAUUUGUCAACAAAUCCAUACGUAUUUUAAACAUUUAAAUCGUAGAACAUUGUCAAAUUUCCACUGUUUUUUGGUCUAUUACAUUUUAAAUUUAAAUGAGCCACUUGUACACACUCAAGUAUUAUUUUUUAAGAAUUAUCAGACUAUACCAUCUUUAUUAUAAUUUUAUGUUAUCUAGAUAACAUAAAAAUACUACCUAUAGAUAACUGGAUAUUGUAUAUAAUGUGUAUAUUUGUUUGGGCCUAUCUACAUUAUAUAGGAGUCUUUUUCCAAUUAUUAACGAAUUCUCAUCUAUUGGAUGGGCAUUUUUCUAAUUAAGCCCUCGACGUAUAAAUGGGUGUGUUCGUUCGACUGUAAAAAAUGCAAUAGUCGAAACCGUUUUAUAUCGAACGGUAUAGCGAAAACGGGUAAAAGUACUUUUAGAUUAUCCCGCGGAAGAAAUCGCGUGCUUAUGACGCGAAAUGUAUCCCCGGGGUACGGUACCGUAAUAAUAUCGUCGGACGUUAUCAUUAUUGCCGUUGUUAUUUAAAAACAACGCGGCGCUUAUAUCUGCGCCGUCAUCGUUAUCAUAAUAAUAAUUAUCGCGAUUGCGAGAUGGCCGUAACAUUAUAGCGCGACAGUGUUGCUAUAGAAUCCGACGGCGUUUAGGGCCGCGAACGGAAAAAAAUAUAACCCGAGAUUACGUCACGGGAGCGUACGUACGGGUCGUAAGGUGAUGGAAAAAAAAAAAAAAAAGUCGCGCGGGCGAUUAAUCGACUUGACGACUUCCGCGUGCCUCGUACAUUACGUUUUAUGUCUGUACGACGCCGACACGGACCGGACUCUCAUCUCAUCUCAUCUCGACGACGACGACGACGACGACGACGACGACGAUAAUGAUCGAUCGCCUCGGGCCUGUUUCGGGUUUCUACAAUAUUAUCCAAACGGGAUUCUCGUUAUAACGUAUACGACGACGUCCGUCUUGUUUGUCCGUCUCCGACUCGAGCAGCGUUGUUAUGCCGACGAGAGUACGGGCACGCACGGCGAUCGCACCGUGAUGAUUGUUAUUACGUCGAAUGACAACUCGAACCGCGUACCGAUGCAGCAACCCGGAAAUCAUCGUCGCACGUACCGGGGUCCGAAGCCAGCAGGUAGCUUCGGACACUGUCGAUACGUUUGACGAUUGACGACGGAUGAUUUAUUGCAAUCACUGCACGCUGUUACGUUUUUUUUUUACGGUCGUCCGGAGAAACCGAUAAGGGACCGGGCACAGCGUGUUUCACUGCGGUCAACCGUUGCCUAUUAUAUCGAAGUAAUAUCACGGUACCCAUACCUACCGUAUCGGGGCUGGCGAAAACUAAACCAACACCAACAAUAAAUGUCCCGCUAGUGAUGGCUCGACAAAGUGAACAAAGAUUUGAAAAGUCUGCAGGCGAGGACGGGAAUCGAAGAUGAUCAUCGAAAACAACGACGGAGAGAUUCGGUGAAAUAGGCCAAACGCCCUCAAGGCUUGCAAUCGUAAACAUAAAUACCUAUACCUGCCAUAAUUGCGUAUUAUGAUCGUUGUGAACUAUUACUCGGAUUAUGAUUUUCUAAUACGACAAAUGCGACCUUUAUAAUCCGACGACGCGCGACGUGGCGUUUUAUUUACAAUUCCCAUUCUCGUGUAUUUCUACCCGGUGUGAUUUUUCAACGUUCUAAGGUUUUCAGUUUUGCAAUUUUCACCCAGGACACCAACCUUAUUGAAGCGACGUGUGAACUGGUCUCGACGUGGUGAAUAUUUUUCUUUCGACGUUUGUGUUGCUGUAGGUUAUCUGUGGCUCCGAUUUUCGUUUUACUUGUAUAUAGGUUAGGUUAUGGUGACGAACGUCUGUGUAGUACUAGGUAGUUUUUAAAGAAAAAAAGAAGCGUUUGUUUUACCUAAACGUCAGCCCGUGAGAUAUGCGUUUUACUCUAACCGUUUUUCGAGGGAAAAGUUUAAUAAUAAAUGUAUAUCUAAUUUGUGUUAAAAAGUUUGAACUUUACAUAUAUAGGUACUUUUUUUUUUUUUUUUUGGAUUUCGCGGAGCACGAAGUUUAUCUCGAAAUUCGUCUUCGAACUAACCGGACGUAAACGAUUUAACGUAAUAUUAUGCAAACAUUUCACGACCGCGAUCGGUCCGGCAACAUUCCUAUGUUUCAUAUUCGACGCGUAUCUCGGCGAUCUAAGUGGGUGAUUUAUUCCGAACGACGAUCGACAAUUGAUAGCACACACGCGAUCAAUUCACUUCCAAACGAAUGUAACACUCGUUGAAAAUCCGGUAGACAACCGUAUACGAUUAUGGUGUUUUGGACCGUUUACGACAUUUAAAUAUUUUCUGUCUAACAGGUCUACGCGCAUCCGAUUAGUUACACCGUCCACGGGGUAUAAUUGAAAUUUGUUUUGAGACGAUUCUAUACGGUUACACGGUUAUCCACGUACGUCUUGCCGUUUAAAAUAUUGUUAUUAUUACUUCUGUUCAGCGGCGGCUAUCCUCGCGAAAAUACGCGCCGAUGACGAUAUUUCUAAGGACACACCCGAACCACCUUCGCAUAAUAUAUAAUACUAGAAGUGAUAUUUAGCGGAAAACCAGAAAACACGAAAACUGCAGAAAAACCAACUCUGUUACAUGUUCUACACUCAAUAAAGUACCAUCGAAUCGUGUUGCCGGCCAACUCACCUACCAAACGUCGUACGCGUUGUAUUGUGCCGAAGCAACACACUGACGGUCUCCAUCGGAUAGCCGCAGUAGCGGUGGCCUCUGUUCGGCUACGUGCCGGUCUGACGGGCUUUAUUUUAUCCACCGGAAUUGUAUGGGAACGACCGUGUAACUGUCACAGCGAAAACCUCAAAAGGCAAUCGGAUAAAUACCCGUUUACGCGAUCGUUCGGAAAUGGUUGGGGUACCGCGUCUGGAAGAGCAGCAAACAAUGAAUUCGCAUUCGAAAGUUACGAUUUCCGGACGCCCGCGCACGGCGGCCGGGCUCCGUGCUUUCGUUUUGUCCGAAAAUAUCGACCGACAUCGAAGCUGUCAACACGGUGCUCUUCCGUCGCGGAAACUCGCCGAGAACUUUGCGAACAACGCGCGCGUGAUUCGCUUAGGAACCGCGUUUCGCCGUCGACGCGGCCGCUGUUCGGGGAACAAUAAUACGUUAUAAAUGUACGUUCGAGUCGUUGUCGUUCGAGAGACGAACGCGCGCGGAUACGGAACGCGGACUCAGAUUCAACACGCCGGCGGAACAUUCGUUUUGUCGACUUGUUUUGUUGCCGCCGGCCGAACGGAUCGACACGCGCGCGUUACGAUAACGCCGGGUCGCACGGACCGUUCGAACAUUCGCACGCGGCGUCGUCCCCAAAGCGCGUACGGUUUUAUCGAACACCGCGGCACAUUGCGAACACGGCCGCACGCGUUCCGUUUAUCAUACGGUCGCGAUUUUUUCGCCGAACGACGCGGCGGGCUGAAUCUGAAGUCCGAGUUCAUAUAUGCGAUCGGCGAAGACGCGUUUUCGUCCGCACUCCGGGGUACACCGGUCCGUGUCGGUUCGUAUGGUCGUCGUCUGCGGCGGCGGCGGCGGCGGCUGUAAUCGUCUUGGAAAAUACAACGGAGAUUCACAUAACAAUACUGUUGACACUGCGGUGCAAUGAUUAAUACGCGUCGCGUUGUGCGUACCGCGUGUAUAAUAACAAUAAUAAUAAUCGACGAAAUUCGCGACCGCUAGUUUAAACACCGAAAACCAUAAACAUUAUGUAAAAUCGCGGAGACGAGAACGGAAUUCACCCGGCCAAGGUCCGGCGAAACCAACACUUCUGGUCGGCGGGUGCCGGCCCGCCCGCGCAUCACAGCGAUAUUGUUACGGGGCGCAACCGAGUCCCGGUUCUCGAAUAAUUGCACACCGCGGACAAAUGUUGACCUUUCGGAGGACGACAUCGGACGCGACAAAUUCCGCUGUACAAUUGCACAACCCGCGCGCCCGCCGAGUUGCGUAACACGCAGACGGAGCGGGCCCCCGUCGGCGACGGCGGGGAUAAGAACUGAAUCGAUAAUUUCGUAAAAAAAAAAAAAAAAUAAAAAAUACUGACGACGACGUUGACGACGGUGAUGACGGUAAUAAUAAUAACGAAAAGAAAUUAAACAAUCUUCCCCACUUUCGCGAUGUGUGUCGUCGCGCAACAGGUUUCUGCGGUUUUCGAUCCGUCGGCGCGCGACGCGCGCACACGUAAUGCAGGCAAAACUAUAAUACUGUUUCCCUCGAUAUUACGCCAAAAUUAUGAAAAAAAAAAAAAAAAAAAAAUGUCACCGCCGCCGCCGCCGUCCGAGAUGACCGAGUUUGUACGCGCGUCUUCUGAGUCGAUAAUUGCGAUUGGGUAUUAUCUAAGAAUAUAUUACCGUUACCAUUACAUCGCCGAAAGUCAUUACGGAACUACCGGUCGGACGGCGUCACACGGUAACAAUAUGAUGUCGCCGUGUUGAUUGUCGAGCGAUGGGUUUAGCUGUGCUCAGCGUGCCGCGUGUAGGAUUUCACAAAAACCGAUUGUUGGUCAACGACGCGGGACAGUGGCGCAUUAUACAUUAUUACUACCUCUCGACGCGUUUUUUUUCCUUUUUUUUUUUUUUUUUUUUUUUAAAUUCCGCAGUCGCUUUACUAUUCAGUCGGAAAAAUCGCGAACGUACCGAUGCCUAGUAAAUACGUCGAAAAAAAACAAAAAACAACUCCCGAAAGUAUACGUAAUAUUUUGCUUAUUUAAAACACGCGAACCUCUAACAAUACGAAAGAGGUCGUUAAAUAGGUCAGAUGGACCAUAGAUUAGUAUAUACGAAAAGUAAAUAAACUGAUAACGAUUACUGAUUUUUCUGUUGCCGCGAAGCUUAUAAUUUGCGGUUAAAACUUUUUGCGGUAUCUUACAUCUGGACCGGAGACAUACGACAUAAUUAACGAUAAAUCAUCGUGCUGAAACUCCGCCCUCUCCCUCCACGAAACUACAUUUAUUUAUUCGAUAAAACAAAGUUUUUUUUUUUUUAGAAGCCAAUAAUUUAUUUGUAUAUUUUGGAAUGAAUUCAGAGCUUCCGUUCCACGCACCUCUGUUCGUGGAUACGGACGUUCUCCAUUUUUUUUUUUUUUUUAUUCCCAGGAGACAUUCCGCGGACCCGGCCGUCAUCUUGGUCGACCUCUUAGCCGACCUUUUGCCCGGCUCAGCUCAUAUAUUCUCCGGCCUUUGAGAACUCGAUAGUAUCUAUUGGCAUCAAUAGGGCAUAUCUGUUAUCGGCCAGGUCAUUCGUCUGCUUGUUGCGGGUUAGCGUCAACUCCGAAAUAUUGAAUAUCCGAUACACCGUUUCAACGCGGUCAAGUCCCAACCCCGAAACGGUAUCAAAUAAUCUUGUAUAUAAUCUUCGCGCGUCGACAUCUCGGAGGCCCGAAGAAAAAAAAAAUUGCUCGAAACAGGCCGGCGUCGAGUUUUAAAAGAUACAGAAAAGAAAAAAAAAAAAAAACGGGGUUAGUGCAAAGUCGGUUCGUCAUCGCUACCGGCAUUCUCGUCGGUCCGCUAGACUUUUACCGUAGGGCACGAAACGAAACGAUCGGAAGACGUGGACUAAUGAUGGUUUUCGGUAACCGUAUAGACCGUUGAAAACGAACGGCGCCGCAACGUUGUUAGACAACGACCGGUACGUCGCGGCAUAAAAUAUGUAAAAUAUUUUCAAUUAAAGUAGCUGACGCGCACGAUGAGUUAUCGAUCUCGUUAUUGCGGACUCGGCCGACGAGAUUUAUCGUCGACGAUUUUAAAAAUCCGAUGAAACACGACGGUACGUUACCCGUUACCGGCGCGUAGGUAGGUAGGCGGGCGGGCGGGCAGGUAUCACCUACAGACACGGGUACGCGCACGUGAAACUGGACUCGGUCCAAAUGUCCGACGGGUUCUCGCGACGUCGGAAUAAUAAUAAUGAUAAUAUAUAAAAAAAAAAAAAAUUCCCCGUUCCCGGCCGGGUACUGUUGGCGACGCGGCCAUUCGUCUCCGCGUCUGUUGUUGUACAUCCGCGAUGAAUGUGCCGCCGGAGGGAGCCGCCGACCGGCCGAGGACAAAAAAAAAAAAGAAGAAGAAAAAUUAACGGUUACCCGUCGGCGUUUUUUUGUAACGGUCGGUCGUAUUCACCCUGUGACACGUGCCGCGGAAAUAUCAGGCGCGCCCGAGUCGGGUCACGGGUACGGAACGGUACUAAACGGAUGGUCCGGGAACUUGGUCGGGACAGUGCGUCGCGACGCUGAUUCACAACCAAUUACCGUUCGGAAGUUUAGAACAAAACGCAAUGACACGUGUCCCGAUGCCCGCCGGUUUAUAGAAGUUUCAGAAUGCAGCCGAAUGCCGGACCGAUUACAAAAAGAAUCACCGGCGAAAUGGGUUCCGAGUCUUCCGAGUCCGCGAAAACGAGAAUGAAAACGUAUUGCUUUGGCUCGUUCGUUCCCGAUUCGUUUAUUACUUUCCGAAAACCGGAACCCAACACCAACCCAAUAUUCUACCUACCGAAACCACUAGGGUCCCGGACACGGAUGCAGCCGAAAUGCCACUAUAGAAUUGGUCGGAUUCGUGUGAGAGCAUAAUGCAGGCGAAAACAUCCGGAUCCGGAAUAUCCGAAAGGAACGAAAAAACCGCCCGAUUAGAAUAAAACGUAGAGCCGCCUGUGAGCCAGUGUCCCUGCUACGGCCACUCAUUAUUAUUGACAUCAUUUUCAAUUUCCAUACGCCAUAUUGGCGUUUUUGCGUUCGUCUACAUUAAUCCGUUAUUUUUUAUUAUUUUUUUUAAUCGAAUUAAUAAAAAUCAAACGCGUUUCCCAAACUGAUUUCUAACAAAUAAAUCAAUUAACGACUCGAACGAAUAUUUAUCUCGAUCAUAAUUCUAUUCAUAUCCCGGAUAACGGUUCGGAAAUGUAUAUAAAAUCAAAUGUCGAUUAUUGUCUAUCCAAACAACACAGAAAGUCGAAUUUUUUUUUUUGUUGUUGUUUUUUUACGCGCAAUAAUAUAUAAUACAACGACUAUACCAAUACAAUAAUAUCAUCGAUUUCUAAUAUUUUCUUUAUACCAACGGAUGAGCGUACACAAUAAUAAAACACAUUCGUAUGGUAGUAUCUUAAACUUUUUAAGUGCGAGUGGCAAUAUUAUUAUAUUUAUACGUAUCGUGUCUGCAGUAUAAUAUCGUUUUUUUUCCCCCCCAGCGAAAUAUUUAUGUUAUACGCUAUAAGUAAUAUUAUGACGGAAAACAAUAUCAUUAAACUUUUCGAACACGAUCGUCGGAAAAUAUACGACACAACAGUUUCGAGUGAACAAAUAAAUCCACGGCAAUGAUUAGUGAUCCGCGUCCUAGUGGUAAAGAACCGAAUUGAAAAACAAAAGAAAAAAAAAAAAAAAAAAAAACCGCUUGAAUCGACACCGGGACUACCCGGACGUACACGGCCGACGCGGCCGAUUCGGUGUGCCGGUCGCGAACGGUCCGUCGUCCGCACCCCGCCCAUCGCCCCGUUUGUCUGCGCCGCCGCUCGUCCGUUUCGGCGUCUCGGACCGCGGGCGUCUCGCGCCGUUGUUAAUAUUAUCAUUGCGACAUUCGUUUUGGCGCGGAUCGGUUUCCCGGCGAAUUUGCGCGCGACGCGACCGGCAGACACUGUCGGCGAGACGAUGUUUCCGGGUCCGGCGGGGCUCAAAUCGAAUUCAACCGACGGACCGACGGGCCGCGACGUCUCCAUACGGACCGCGUUUAUCCGUUACUACGGCGGUGACGGCACAUUGUCGCGUGAUUAUCGAAUCGCACGAAACGGCAAUAUUGGGGCGGGUCGUAAUCGUCCGUACGCAUUGACGACGAAAACGGGCCGGUCUACAGAGGGUGUUCGGAACGAUAAAUUACCGAAUAUGUGAAGUGCGUAGCGAGACGUGAACGGCUGAGAAAAAAAAAAACAAAUAAAUAUGCGCAAUACGUUUGUUUUUUUUUUUCCUCGCCGCGAAGAAAAACGCGUGUUAUCCGCGUCUCCGGCGCACAUAAUGUUAUAUGUCGACUUCGAUGUAUUGCGCGCGUCCUCCAAAUCGGCCCGUCAUCCGUCAUCCACUAAUUCGCCAUUAUCCCGACUGUUCGAGGUCGGCCACCUACGGUCGAGACAACCACUUGACCCGAUCCCCCACGUCGUCCUCGCAUACCACCCCACCCCCCUAAUUCCGUUUUUUUUUUUUUUUUUUACUUACUCUUUUUCCUCUUGGGCUUGUUUCCGCUACCGUUCUCUCAGCACCUGAUCCCUCUCUCCUCGUGGCAUACCCGAUAAAAUGGCCGUCGUUCCCGGUCCGCAUGUCCCGUGUUUUUAAACGAAUACCAUGAUAUCAUUAAACAGCGUAAAUACGUAUGCGACGAUGACACGGGGCUACUAUUUGAUUGAUUGUUUUUUAUUUGUUCCAGGCGAAAAACCAUGA